GAAUUAUUAGUCGACUAAGAAGUCUUCAGUUGUACGAGCUUGGAACACCUGCUCCUAUCUCGAGUCUUAAAUGGUGACAGGCUCAGUGCAAAUUAAUAAGCCAGAGGUGAUAUUAUACGAGUUGAAGCUGCUUUACAACAACUUCGUAGUUUUUCUCACUUCUUUUUUCCCCCGCAAUGCCUCGUAUAGAGCGAGAAAGUAACAAAGUUCGCCUGGUGAUGUUGGGAGCAGCCGGGGUCGGAAAGAGCGCGCUCAUCGAGCGGUUUCUGCACGACCACUUUGAAAGCAAAUACACGCGCACCGUGGAAGAAUUCCACGCGCUCCAGUACGACUCCGCCGACUCGGGAGAGGUGCGCCUCGAGAUUCUGGACACAAGCGGCAGUUAUUCUUUCCCGGCGAUGCGGGAGCUUAGCAUCAAGCAUGCCAACGCGUUCGCGCUUGUGUACGCGGUGGACGACCUCGAGUCGUUUCGAGAAGUUGGACGGCUUCGUGAGGAGAUUCUCAUGCUGAAAAAGAACGCGCUCAUCACCGUCGUCGGCCACAAAGCAGACUUAACCGAAACGGAGGGUCGCGUGCUGUUCGCAGUAGACGUCAUGCCAUUGGUGGAGAAGAUAUGGGGCUCGAGCUUCGUAGAGGCGUCGUCACUCACCGGGAUCAACACGGUCGGUGUGUUCCUUGCUCUGCUACAACACGUCAACUUGCCACAAAGACUGAGUCCCUUCAUCUCCCAACGUAGAGUGAACAUGCAGAGGCAGAACUUGAAAAGAAAACCAGCACUCAAGAAAAACAAAAGUUGUAUUUUGUCAUGAGUAUGGUCAGCUUGUAAGAUUCGUCCUCUAUUGGUUGGAUGGACAUUGCUUCAUUUAAUUGACCUACAUCUUCAUCGGUAAUUGAGUUUACUGCAGAGUUUAAUCAAAACGGCCAUUAACAUGCACUGUGCACCUAAAUAGUGCAACCACAAAGGCAAGCGUAAAGUCUUGUGGAUUGAGAAACAGACCGAGGCGUCGUGCAGGGUGUUCUGGCCUGAAGAGACCAGUUGUGGACAUGAUGAGCAGGACAGGUGCUCUAGGCCUAUUGGUUCCUGUUUGGGGGCCAAGUCCAGUGGCCACAACUUUCCCUCAUUGUUUCGCCAAGGAAAUAACGUAUUACGCAUUAAGUAUUAUUUUCAGCAGCAUAGCCUUUAUACUUACGUGCAAUGCAAAUGGAAGAACUAAGAACAUAUAAUUGCAAUGAUUCUGACCACGCCUCGCCCCCCCCACAAAAUAAAUAUUUUAAAUGGUAUAUUGUGGGACUUGUUAAUGAGUAUUGGUAGGCCUAUAUAUAUGCGUUUAGGUCAGAGCUGUGUAUAUAUUUUGGCCUAUCCUAUAUUAAAAAUAUUAAACAAGGAAAAAAAAUAAAGUAAAUCCCAUUGCGCUUCCCUGCUCUGCUGGUGGUGGAGUUAAAACCUGACGUAGGCCUACAGUUCUCACGUAACACAUGUUUGGUAUAUUUCAAAGUCUUUGCCAUGAUUACUGCACAAACCAAAGCAAAGACAUAUCUUAUUAUAGUAACAUGGAUGAUGAUGUAUACAAUUAAUACUAAGAAUAUGGAUGUCUUAUAUGCAUGAUAAAUCAAAUGUGUAUAUUAAAUGAAGAGUAACAUAUGGAAGUUGAACUUAGUUUAGAGUCUUAUACUAGCCACACAAAACAUGCAGAAAAGUUACACAACAGAUUUUGAAUUAUAAAUAAAAUUGAGGAGAAUACAUUUUUACAAAGUGCUUCAAAAGGUUGGGAAUGCAUUGUUUCCAAUGGGCCAAGCAUUUAGAAAGCAAGUAUGCUGUUAAACCCACCCAUUCCUAAUCAACUGACCCUUACUGAACUGAAUCCAAUGGAAAAAGAUACACUCAAAACUCCUGCAGUGGGAAAAGGAGGAAACCUUGUAAAGAAAGACACAACGAUCGCUCACUCCAGUAUGGGUGGGUGCAGAGAGAAUAUAGAAAUCUGGUGCCAACCCAAAAAUAGAAACAACAAACCAAGGGUCAGAUUGAUACACAUAGAGAGAGCAAGUGAGAGCAUGCAAGAGAGAGUGUGUGUGUGUGUGUGUGUGUGUGUGUGUGUGUGUGUGUGUGUGUGUGUGUGUGUGUGUGUGUGUGUGUGUGUGUGUGUGUGUGUGUGUUUGUGUGUGUGUGUA